CAAACAAGCGUAGCUAACCUAUAACCCCAUAUCCGUUUCCGUUCUCCGUUCUUUCCGAUUUGCGUCCCCCCACUGCCGCCAUGAAGGUCGAGUUGUGCAGUUUCAGUGGGUACAAAAUAUACCCCGGCCAUGGCCGCCGCUACGCCAGGAUAGACGGAAAGGUUUUCCAGUUCCUGAAUGGCAAGUGCGAGUCGGCCUUCCUUUCCAAGAGGAACCCCAGACAGAUCAACUGGACCGUGCUGUACAGGCGCAAGCACAAGAAGGGCCAGUCUGAAGAGGUGACAAAGAAGCGUACACGCCGUGCCGUGAAGUUCCAGAGGGCCAUCACCGGAGCCUCCUUGCAGGAGAUCAUGGCCAAGAGGAACCAGAAGCCUGAGGUCCGCAAGGCCCAGCGUGAGCAGGCCAUCAGGGCUGCCAAGGAGGCUAAGAAGGCAAAACAGGCAACCAAGAAGCCCUCUGCCCCCAGUACCAAGGCUCCUUCCAAGACAGCACCCAAGCCCAAGAUCGCCAAGCCCAUGAAGGUGAACGCACCUCGUGUUGGUGGAAAACGCUAAAAACCUGGAUGUAGUGUUUGGUUGUCAAUAAAGAUUAUCUUGGUAUUCA